CAUGUCACAGUCAUUUUUUCUUUCGACGCGGGAGGGUCUGCCGAAUACCUCUAAAGAAAAGGAUAGUAAUCUAGAGCUACAAAACAACUUCUCAGGAGAAAGUAUUAGAGCCAAAGAAGAUAGCAGAACUAGUUACAAAGAAUCGCUUUGUAUUACGGAAACAAUAAAGAAGCUACAAGCAGAAUACUUCACUCAGGAAGUUGCGGGGAAAGAAACUGAUUUAAGUCGUAAUCUCAAGUUAUUUAAGGAUGUUGAUGGAUUACUACGGUGUAAAGGACGUCUUCAGAAUGCAGAACUAUCGUUUGACAAACGGUACCCUAUAUUGAUACCUAAGGAAUGUGACUUUACGAAUAACCUUAUAAAGAAAGUUCACAAUGAUAAUUAUCAUGUAGGAGCGAAUCAUACACUUAGUCUCAUCAGACAGUCAUAUUGGAUACCAAAGGGUAAAUCUCAGAUUCAGAGGAUGUUGAAGAAAUGUCCAAGGUGUAUUAAACAUGGAGCGGGUCCAUUUAAGUUACCACCUACUCCAGCGCUUCCUGUAGAAAGAGUAGGUUACAGCGAACCAUUUACCUUUGUAGGGGUAGACUAUAUGGGUCCUGUUCUUGUCAAGAGUGGACAAAAGAGAUGGAUCUGUUUAUUCACUUGUUUAGCGGUGAGAGCUAUUCAUUUAGAAUUAGUGCAAGAUCUUACAGCGGAGGAAGGUUUAUUGGCGUUGAGAAGGACAAUAGCAACCAGAAAGGUCCCUCAACUCAUUACAUCAGACAACGCGACACAUUUCAAACUUAUAGCAGAGAUUCUCUCGAAACAAUAUUGUAUUGACAACAAAAUUCAAUGGAAGUUCAUACCUCAGUUGACGCCUUGGUUUGGUGGAUUUUACGAAAGAUUGAUAGGGAUAGUUAAGAAUUGUAUGAAGCGUACACUAGCAAAGCACAUGCUUUCAGAUAGUCAACUAACUACCGUAGUCAAGGAAAUUGAAGCUGUAAUAAAUUCAAGACCGCUUACAUGUGUAGAUUCAGAGUUGGAUAUAAUUCUAAAACCAGCUGAUUUUCUUACACUAGGAAGUUGUAUCACUAUAGAAGGAACUGUCGAAGAUUGUCUAGAGAAAGGUACUACGAUUAAAGUCGAUCUUAUAAAAAGUUGGAAGAGGGGUCUCAUCAUCGUAAGAGAAUUCAAAGAUAUGUUUGUUAACAGAUAUUUACUAAGUCUCCGAGAAAGGUAUCAGCACUCACAUAAAGAGCCACGUGUCACAUCGAAACAGUCUCCGGCGAUAGGACAGAUAGUGCAAAUAAAAGGAGAAAAUAAAAAUAGAGAAACCUGGAGAGUAGGAAAAAUUGUUUCACUGAAAGAAGGAAGUGAUGGUUUAUGUAGAGUAGCCAUAGUAAAGGUUGGAGAUAAGAAUUUCACACGGUCAAUAGCGCAUCUGUACCCUCUAGAGGUUCAAGAGUCAGAGGAAGACAUGGAAGAAAGAUUUAUAAGAGAUGAUACUUCGAGUGAGCUUGCUUCUGCCACGUUAGCCGAGCCUUUGGAAGAGAGUACCGACAGACAGAUAACUAUCUCAGAGGGGAUAGCUCAAGAAGAGAACUCACCUAUGAUCCAAAUAGACGAACCCAUUCAGGAGACAAUGGAGUGUGAAACCUUAGAGAGUGAAGGUAGAGAAUCUAUUGGGGAUGUUAUUGAUUCAGAGGAAGUCGGGACACUAGCGAGAGACGAGGAGAAGGAAGAAGAUGGUAGAGUGGGUAGAGUGAGGAGAGUUGCGGCCACUAAAGCCCUACAGAGGAUUAAAGAGUGGACGAACAACUUAUUAUGCCUAUUUUGAUCUAUUUUCCGGCCGGGAGUGUCGCGAAGUUACCCAUUCGCGAAGUAAUCAGAAUAAAGUUACUCAAAAUGGUUGCUGCGGCUCGAAAUGGCGAGGCACCGAGCACGUGGAUUAAACCCGUUCCAGUGUUCGUGUGGAUGGUGAAGUCAAAGCUAAGUACCUAGGCUAUUUCAUAUUUAGACCAUUUUCUAUGUGUUAGAUAUUCCCGGUUAACUUGUAGAUAUAAAAGUCCCACGUGUAAUGGUUGCGCACCCAUUGUUAGUUUGUUAGUGGAUAUAUGUGUGUACCUCUCAUCACAAGCCAUUGGGACCGAUUAUACAGCAUACGCUAUGAGACGGAUGGUACCGACAUCAUUGAAUAUACAGCAUACGCUAUGAGACGGAUGGUACCGACAUCC